GCCAGACCGUAUUAUGUUCUGCGGCAUUUGGCGGAUUGACUAUAAAUUUACUCUUGUAGGACUGUGCUCCCCGAUCUCAUCUCAUCAUAUACGGUAAGAAGUCUUUUUUUGUACAAUGUGUGAGAACAAGUCGAAAUAGAGAAAUUCGCACGCGAUUGUCAUGCAGUCCAACGAUGGCGUACACGCUGGAUCGGAGCCAGACAACAUUUCUGACUCCAAGCUCGACGAUUCUCUCGGUGACUCGAAUGUCGACGACGAGAUGCACACAGAUUUUGACCUGCGCUCCAUCAGGUCAAUGUCAAGCUCUGGGGACUAUGAAGCCAUUGUGGCAGCCGAUCGUGCAGAGCUCACGCGGGUAGCAAGUGAGGCAAAGGUAUACAUCACCAACCACAGCACACCCACGCCGUCGAGGUAAUCACCGCUGAUUCAUCCAAUGCUUACAGCGAGGGGAAGUCCAUGAUCCUACAUUGGACCCGUUUGAUCCAGCCUUCGAUGUGUACAGAUGGGCCAGGAUGAUCCUUCGUGCAGCCGAGGGAGCCAGGGUCAAGUUUCGUCGGGCCUCGAUCACUUUCAAGAACCUGAGUGUCACUGGUUCCGGUAUUGCCAUGAACCUUCAACCCACAGUCGCAUCGUAUCUUCUGGCUCCAUUGCGUCUUCGAGAGUGGCUUCGCCUCGCAAAGAAGCCCCAACGAGAUAUUCUCAAGGAGUUUGACGGCCAUGUGAACCCGGGAGAAAUGCUGUUGGUCCUGGGACGUCCCGGAAGUGGUUGCUCAACACUCCUAAAGACAUUGGCGGGAGAAUUAUUCGGUUUGAAGGUGGGAGAAGGCUCUGACAUACAUUAUAGCGGAAUUCCUCAACGCGAGAUGAUCAAACAUUUCCGAGGGGAAAUUGCAUAUAAUGCAGAGAUCGAAAGACAUUUUCCACACCUGACGGUCAAGCAGACACUAGAGUUCGCCGCAGCCAUGCGGACACCCCCGAAUCCGCUCCUGGGAGAGUCGCGGACCGAGCAUGUCUCGAGAAUGGCCGCAGUUGCAAUGGCGGUAUGUGGCUUGACCCAUGUUCAGAACACCCGAGUCGGUAAUGAGUAUGUUCGAGGCGUAUCAGGAGGAGAAAGAAAGCGUGUCAGUAUUGCCGAGAUGAUAUUGGCAUUCUCGCCUGUUGGGUGCUGGGACAAUAGCACCAGAGGCCUUGACUCUGCGACUGCCCUCUCGUUUAUCCGCACUCUCAGACUUUCUGCUGAUUUGACUGGAUCUGCUCAUGCCGUCGCCGCAUAUCAAGCAUCUCAAUCCAUGUACGAUACAUUCGACAAGGUUGUCGUCUUAUACGAGGGCAGAGAAGUCUUUUUCGGGCCAGUCAAUGCUGCCAAGGAGUACUUUACGACCAUGGGCUGGCUUUGUCCCGCCCGACAGACGACACCUGAUUUCCUGACCUCCGUUAGCAACCCACAGGAGAGAAAGGCUCGCCCUGGAUAUGAAGAAAAGGUUCCGCGGACUGCGGCUGAAUUCGAAAAUUACUGGCAAAAGUCAGAACUCCGCAAGACACUUCUACAAGAAAUUGCAACCCACGAAGAGAAGGUGCUAGACACCGAUGCUGCUCAUGAGUUCAAGGUGGCCCGUCGAGCAGUGCAGUCCCACCAUGUCCCACCGAGUUCUCCUUACACGGUGUCCAUCUUGUCACAGAUCAAUAUCUGUACGAAGCGUGGCUUCCAGCGUCUUUGGAACGAAAAGGUGAUACGACUCACCUUGGUCAUCGGACAAGGCAGCAUGGCACUGAUCAUCGGCUCCGCCUUUUUCGGCAUGGUACAAGACACGAGCAGCUUUUUCGCCAAAAGUUCAGUCAUCUUCUCUGCGGUCCUACUCAAUGCCCUGGUUGCGGUUACGGAAAUCAAUCGGUUGUAUGAUCAACGGCCGAUUGUCGAGAAGCAGGUUUCCUAUGCAUUUUACCAUCCGUUUACAGAGGCUCUGGCCACGGUGAUAGCGGAUCUACCGGUUCAAAUACUGACGGCGGUAAUUUUCAACGUCACUCUGUAUUUCUUGGGAGGCCUCAGAAGGGAGGCUGCGCAGUUUUUCAUCUUCUUCCUUUUCGCCUUUCUGACCAGACUGGCCAUGACGGGACUUUUCAGGUCCAUCGGUGCAGCCACCAAAACCAUUUCCCAGGCACUCGCCAUCGCCGCAGUGUUGGUGCUAGCGAUUGUGAUCUACACAGGUUUCACUAUUCCACGACCUAACAUGCAUCCUUGGUUAAAAUGGGUCAGCUGGAUCAAUCCUAUAGCGUAUUCGUUCGAAUCCAUGCUGGUCAACGAGUUCCAUGGCCAACAAUUUCCAUGUGGCAGCUAUGUCCCGGCAUACCCGCAGUUGGUCGGAGACACAUUCAUCUGCUCCGUUCCUGGAUCCGUUGUCGGACAGUACACGGUGUCCGGCGACGCGUAUAUGCAGUCAUCCUUCAAGUACAGCUACGACCAUAUUUGGAGGAAUCUUGGGAUCCUGAUUGGCUUCCUGGCAUUCUUCAUGGUGACUUAUCUGGGUAUUACUGAGAUCAACUCGAAAUCUACGAGCAAGGGUGAAGUUUUAUUGUUUCGUCGUGGACACGUACCCGCGUACAUCGAGAAUGGCCUCAGGAAAUCAGACCAGGAAUCAUCCGGUACUGGAGCUCCAGUCUUGGAGAAGGACACCUCCGAAGAGAAAGAUGUCCAAGCAAUCGAACCACAGACGGCCAUUUUCACGUGGCGCGACGUCAAUUAUGAUAUCCCCGUCAAGGAAGGCACCCGAAGGCUCCUUGAUCACGUUUCUGGCUGGGUCAAACCGGGGACAUUGACUGCGUUGAUGGGUGUCUCGGGUGCAGGUAAAACGACUCUACUUGAUGUGUUGGCUCAGCGUACGUCAAUUGGAGUCAUCACCGGCGACAUUUUUGUGGAUGGGAAGGCGUUGGAUGCAAGUUUUCAAAGGAAAACAGGCUACGUUCAACAACAAGACCUUCACUUGGAAACGUCGACUGUUCGGGAGGCAUUACGUUUCAGUGCAGUUCUUCGCCAACCAAAGUCUGUCUCUCGAGAGGAGAAAUACAAAUACGUGGAAGAAGUGAUCAAGAUGCUCAAUAUGGAAGACUUUGCCGAGGCGGUCGUGGGCGUACUGGGAGAAGGUCUCAACGUCGAACAACGCAAGCUCCUCACCAUCGGCGUCGAGCUCGCGGCGAAGCCUGCACUGCUGUUCUUCCUGGAUGAACCCACCAGCGGCCUCGAUUCUCAAUCGAGUUGGUCGAUCCUUCGAUUCCUACGCAAGUUGGCGGACCAUGGCCAAGCCGUACUGUCGACGAUCCAUCAACCCAGUGCCAUGCUUUUCCAAGAAUUCGACCGACUCCUUUUCCUCACCACCGGCGGUCGACCAGUGUACUUUGGCGAAAUCGGCUCCAAUUCGGAAACGCUCGUCAACUAUUUUGAGAAACACGGAGCCAGACAUUGUAGCGAAUCCGAGAAUGUGGCCGAGUACAUUCUGGAAAUUGUCGGGCCCGAAGCUGCCGCUCAGGGCCACCUCGACUGGGUCGACAUAUGGAGGUCUAGCGACGAAAACAAGGCCAUGCUUGAAGAACUAGACCGGAUCAACAUCGAGAGGAGCAAUGCCACCGAUCAGAACCAAACCCGGACCGUCGCGGGCAAAGACGACGACAUCAGCCAAUUUGCCAUGCCUGUUCGAACCCAGAUAUAUUACAACACCAUCCGAGCCUUUCAACAAUACUGGAGGACGCCAGGUUAUAUUUGGCACAAGUUGGCCUUGGGUAUCGCGUCAGCGCUGUUCAUCGGAUUCUCAUUCUGGCAAUCGAACAGUUCCCAACAAGGCCUACAAAACGUCUUGUUCAGUGUCUUCAUGCUCACGGCCAUCUUUACGGCCUUGAUUCAACAAAUCAUUCCUCGUUUCGUCAUUCAACGGUCCUUGUACGAGGUCCGAGAACGUCCAUCCAAGACUUAUUCUUUUGUCGCUUUCCUCCUGGCAAAUGUCAUAGUCGAGAUCCCUUACCAGGCUCUUUUGGGUCUCAUGGCAUAUGCUUCAUAUUUUUAUUCGGUUUUUGGUAUUCAAUCAUCCGAAAGACAAGGAUUGGUCAUGUUGUUUUGUAUUCAAUUUUUCGUCUACGCAAGCACAUUUUCUCAAAUGGUAAUCGCCGCUUUACCGGACGCCGAAACCGCAGGUAUCAUUGCCACCCUGAUGUUUGCAAUGUGUGUUAUUUUUAAUGGUGUCCUGCAACCACCCGACGCCUUGCCAGGGUUCUGGAUGUUCAUGUACCGAGUCAGUCCUUUUACUUACAUCAUCGACGGGAUCGUCGGGACGGCCUUGCACGGUCGACGGGUGGUUUGCGCGUCGAACGAAUUGAGUGUCUUCGAUCCACCGCCGAACAUGACCUGCGGUCAAUACUUGGAGCCGUACUUGGAAAGAGCACCGGGAACUCUGACGAACCCAUCGGCCACCAGCGGCUGUUCUUAUUGUCAGUUGACGGUGGCCGAUCAGUAUUUGGUCCCCCGAGGUAUCGAGUGGUCCUUGCGGUGGCGAAACUUCGGUCUCGUUUGGGCCUAUGUCGUUUUCGACCUGGUCAUGAUACCGAUCUUGUAUUACACCUUUCGUAUGAAAAAGUGGGGUGGGAAGGUCUCCGUCGGCAAGGGUGGUGUACAACAUCACAAACACCAACGCGAACACGAACACGAACAACAGGGACCGAAACAACAAGACCAAAAGCGAGAACGACGAGAAAAACCACCAUUGCAAAAUCAAUUCUUCGGGUGGCUCAAGACGAUGGGUAAAUGGUGUCACACGAUCGUGACGGGACGUGAACACAAGGUGCCUUUUCACAAACGUGCAGAGAAUGCCAGGUUCUUGUGAGAAAACCCAACAACCACUGGGGCGGUUAUGUAGAUAUUGUGUCUGGAGAAUUUUAAACUUCCGAGUCCUUGAAAAUGCGAAUUCAAGUCACAUUCUUCUUCGUUUUCCAACUUCAAAGGUCGAUACCCUGACCUUGGCGCAGGUGAUCAGACAAUCCAAACCAACUACAUAUAUAUACAUAUAUACAUGGUGUAAAUUCAGUCGAGUUUCCUCCUAGCGAAUUCAAGAUCAGAGAGAAUGUUUCAUUCUAUACACAUGUGUAAUGGAAUUCGUCUAGACAAGAAGGAAAAGAAAUGUGUGUGUGUGUGUGUGUGUGAGAAGGAGAAGAAAGAAAUAUAAGAAAAAAGGAGUCGAGACUCGAGAGAGACAUUAGAAUAGAAAACCAAAAAUAAGAAAAAUAAAAAAAGGGGGGUGUUGUGGUGUAGCACACAAAACAAACCCCAACAAAACCAAACAGAUAAACGAAAAUACAAUAGGGGGUAUUAUCUGGCCAGCAAGCAACAAUUGACAGUGACAGUGACAAUGACAGACUGUUUUGAAAAACCAAAACAUCGAAAAAAGAUCAACGCUUGCCAAUCCAUGCCCAUGCAC